GACACUGAAGCAGCAUCACACUCUUCUGCUGGGAUUGGGCCCUUCUGGAAACCGGACUGUUCUGAGAAAUGAUGCUGAUCUUUGGACUGAUGCUGCUGCUGCAAACUACUGCAUGUCUGGAUCAGUUCUGCAGGUUUAAUCAGUCUGAUAUCUGUUAUGCAGCUCUGGGACACAAACUCAAUCUGCUGAUGGUGCAGAACACUAGUGUAUAUGACACGACGAUACAAAAGAAUAUAAACUACAACACAGCAACUGAUCCAAUUUGUAGAGUAAAGAAUGACACGAUGAGAGUUUGUGAUCUUUAUAGAAACAGACCUGUUACAGUCAUUAAAGGGACUCUGAUCAUAAACCGUGUGAUCAGAGCAGAUUCAGGGAAUUACACAGUAAGUUUCUCUCACUCAGACGGCUCAGUCACAUCUACAGAUCUUCAAGUGAAUGUUGAAGCUCCUAUUGGCUCAGUGGAAGUGUCCAUCAGCUGCUCCUCCAGUGGGGUGAUGAGGGCGUCCUGCUCCUCUGAGGGCGAUCAGCUCCUCUACAGCUGGACUCUGAAUGGAGAUCCUCUGAUGGAUGGAAACUCCAGCUUUGAUCUGAAUGAGGGAACUGAUGGAAACAUCACCUGCAGUGUGAAGAACCACGUCAGUCACGGACAGAAGACCGUUAGACUCAAACCCUGUCCUGGUGAGCUUUCAGUGAAUGUCCACAUAUUUAUAAAAAACACGGCAACACCAAUGAUGCAAAACAGUCAUUUCUAA